AUGGUCCCUACCAAUGGCGCAAAUGUUCUUCGCUUGUUGACUCGUCGAUGUCUCUCGUCGAAGCUUCUUCGAGAUUUUGGCAAUCAGAAUUUGAGGAGAAUAUCUGGUGGGAGUUUUAGGAGAUUGAAUACGGGUGUUGGCAAUCCUGCCAAAGCCCUUGCUGAUUACGCUUCAAAGGCUGGGCAUGAUCGGAAAUGGAUCAACCUUGGAGCUUUUAGUACUAAUUUUGGUUCAACAAGGUCUAUUCAUGGAACAGCUUCUUCAUCUAUCUCCUCUAAGGACUACUAUGAACUUCUUGGAGUGAGCAAGAAUGCCCCAGAAGGUGAAAUCAAGAAGGCUUAUUAUGGGCUUGCUAAAAAAUUCCAUCCUGACACGAAUAAAGAUGACCCAGAAGCUGAGAAGAAGUUCCAGGAGGUCUCUAAAGCAUAUGAAAUUUUGAAAGAUAAAGAGAAGCGUGACCUUUAUGACCAGGUUGGGCAUGAAGCAUUUGAGGAAAAUGCUAGUGGUGGGUUUCCAAAUGAUUCAGGCUUUGGUGAAGGCUUUAACCCAUUUGAUAUCUUUUCGAGCUUCAAUGACAAUCUCUUCGACGGCAUGUUCAGGCGAGAUAUCGGAGGUCAUGAUGUUAAGGUUUUGCUUGAUCUUUCUUUCAUGGAAGCUGUUCAAGGAUGCUCCAAAACUUUGACUUUUCUAACCGAUGUCGCUUGUAAUACUUGUGGUGGACAAGGUGUUCCUCCUGGUACCAAGCGUGAAAAAUGUAAACCUUGUAAUGGGUCUGGGAUGACAACAAUGAGAAGCGGUAUGUUAAGCAUCCAAAGAGCUUGCCAGAAGUGUGGUGGAACUGGUCACACAUUCUCAAGUUUUUGCAAAUCCUGCAGAGGGGCUAGAGUGGUUCGAGGACAGAAGUCAGUGAAAGUCAAUAUUGAUCCAGGGGUUGACAAUAGCGAAAUAUUAAAGGUGGCAAGGGUUGGUGGGGCUGAUCCUGAAGGUGACCAGCCUGGAGAUCUUUAUGUUACUAUUAAGGUUCGUGAAGAUCCUGUGUUCCGCAGAGAUGGAUCAGAUAUUCAUGUGGAUGCAGUUCUCAAUGUUACCCAGGCUAUUCUUGGAGGAACUAUUCAAGUUCCAACCCUUACUGGUGAUGUUGUCGUGAAGGUCCGCCCUGGAACCCAACCCGGUCAGAAAGUUGUGCUAAGAAACAAAGGUGUUAGAGCAAGAAAGUCGACUAGAUUUGGGGAUCAAUAUGUGCAUUUCAACGUCAGCAUCCCUAUCAAUAUAACGCAGAGACAGCGUGAACUGCUUGAGGAAUUCAGUAAAGAAGAACGAGGUGAAUGCGAGCGCCGCACUGCUUCUGGGACUUCCCAGUGA